AAACGCGUUGGAACUUGGGCUCCGCGGCUUCCCGUAGCCGGCAUUUCCAACAUGGCGACUGCCCAAGAUGUCCACGUCCGUAUCUGUAACCAAGAGAUUGUCAAAUUCGACCUGGAGGUGAAGGCGCUUAUCCAGGAUAUUCGAGAUUGUUCAGGACCAUUAAGUGCACUUACCGAACUGAACACUAGAGUGAAAGAGAAGUUCCAGCAACUGCGGCACAGAAUACAAGAGCUUGAGCAGUCGGCUAAAGAGCAAGACAAAGAGUCAGAGAAGCAAGUUCUGCUCCAAGAAGUGGAGAAUCACAAAAAGCAGAUGCUCAGCAAUCAGACCUCAUGGAGGAAGGCUAACCUCACUUGCAAAAUUGCUAUCGACAACCUAGAGAAAGCAGAACUUCUCCAGGGAGGAGACCUAUUCCGGCAGAGGAAAACUGCCAAAGAGAGCCUGGCCCAGACGUCCAGCGCCAUCACAGAGAGCCUCAUGGGGAUCAGCAGGAUGAUGUCCCAGCAGGUCCAGCAGAGCGAGGAAGCCAUGCAGACACUGGUUAAUUCUUCACGGACUAUCCUGGAUGCAAAUGAAGAAUUCAAAUCCAUGUCAGGGACCAUCCAGUUGGGACGGAAGCUCAUCACAAAAUAUAAUCGCCGAGAGCUGACAGACAAACUUCUCAUUUUCCUUGCGCUGGCCCUCUUUCUUGCUACAGUCCUCUAUAUUUUGAAAAAACGGCUGUUUCCAUUUUUGUGAGGUCUGAGAGCUGCCAGCUUCUGCCCUCUGAACUCUGCUGUCAGGGUCUGGCCGCACUCCUGAGCUCUGGCCCCAGCCUGCAUCAGGUGCAAAGCAGGCGAGAUGGAGACAGCCCCGGGAGUUUCUGCAGGGGCUGGUGUGCUGGGCUGAGCAGAGGACCAGGAGGGGGCCUGUCAUCAGGACACCUCAGGGACGCCGAGAGCCCUCACGCACUGGGGUGGCAGUCACUUGGGACACCCGGGCUGGCCUCCAGGAUUUGAUGUCCCUCCCGUGUCCCCCUGCCCCCUGCAGCCUUAAUGCCCGAUCUGGAGGAGGGAAGAGAAGAGGGGGAGAAGGAGGGUGAAAACUCACAUCCAUUCCUUGAAUAAAGUUGACUGUAUUCAA